AAUAAAAUUGAAUUGAAUUGAAUCUGUGAUUCUGAGCGCGUGUAAGCGCUUGACUCAAUUUCCCAUCAUGCUCUGCGUUGUUAUUAUUAUCAUGAUCAUCGUGUCAUUAAAAUGGCCGCUGUGCCAGGCUGCAGUGGAGGCUGCGCGCUUCAAAGAAGCUUAAACAAACUCCUCUCGACUCCCUCCGGGUCUCCCAGAGUUAAAGCCCAGACGGAGCCGCUGUACGUGAUUUCUCUUGAGCGCUACGGAAGAGACCCGGAUUUCGGAGUGCAUUUCCCGGACAGUAUUUCUGCGUCUGACAGUCUGUACGAUGCUACAGUUACAGACGGAGACUGCAGACUGAGAGUGUCUCUGGACCCGAGUCUGAACGCGCUGCUUCACACGAACAGACUGCGCUGCGGCAGUGUGCUGAGAAACGUCGUGUUCUCGGCUUGUGACCCGGGCGACGGGGACAGCAGGACAUUUCACAUCUGUAGCUUGGAUGUGGACACUACUGGCGGGAGCGAUGCGGCUCUCCUGUCCCUGUCUUCUGUUAAUGUGGACUCACUGCCCUGGGUGAUGUCCGAGGAGCCGAGCCUCGUCCCGCUCCGAGCCCACAGGAGCACUUACCUUCCCCUGUGGAACAAUCACGAUUUCACCGGGGACACAUGGCGGCACGCGCCUCCCUCCGAGACAGGAGGAGAGGACUCCGAGGAAGACGGUGUAGUGGAAGAUUUACAGCCAGUAGUGUCACUAGCGGAGCUCUGCCGUCGCUUCCUGAGUGGCUCCCUGCGUCGCAGAGGAGCUCUGUGUGUGCGGAUUUUACACAAAUCCAGACUGAUGUAUUAUGGAAAAGCAGAGCAGAGCUGUGAAUGUCCAUAUAAGGCUGAGUUACAGGUCGCUGACGGCUCUAUGAGAGUUUGUGUUGUGCUGUGGAACAGCAUAUGCUUAGACUGGUACCGUUGCCUGCAGCCUGGUCAGGUUUUAAGACUGAGUAUGUACAGAGUGAAAGACAGCUACAGCAGCCGCAGCGGACAGGAUGCAGAGCCAAAUAUAGAGAUCAGUCUAAACUCCAGAAAUCCUGCAGCUAAAGUCACCAUCAUUCCAAAGCAACACGUUUUACCUGAGUGGGGUUUACCAGACCUGCCUCAUGACUUCCUCAACGGACAUGAUCUACAAAGUUCUCCUCAUGGCACCAUCUGUGACGUUACAGGUGUAGUUGUUUUUGCGGGGCGACAAGAACGUAUCAGGAGUAAAGAUGGACGGAGGUCAGAUUUUGAAGAGUACCGAUGGCUCCAGUUAGAAGACGGGACGACAGAUCAACGAAUCACCAUCAGGCUUUUUUCAACAUCACAGCCUGACAUCCAAAGCCGAAUUCAACCAAUGGCACUUGUUGUCUGUACAAGGCUCAAGCUAAUAAGGAAUACAGUUAGCACAGGUACAACCUUUGAGUAUCUGAGCAACACGUCAUUUACUCAGGUUUACUGCACAGGCACUGGCUCCCACUCUGUGAUGCCAUACAGAGGGAUUCGUCCAGUCCGACAAUUCCUACAGUGGUUGAAACAAGUGGAUGAGGCCAGCAUGCUGGACAAGGCUGUGACUGGAGGAUACUUCAGCUAUCCUCCACUUCCUGUUUCUCUACAAAGCUUUAUGGAAAAUCGACAAGGUGAGGCAGGUCUGAUCAGUGGAGGAGAAAUGAAGCUCCAGUGUGACAGGCUGCAUUAUAGAGAGAGACAGCGCUUUGUUGUUCAGUGCACAAUCACUGCAGCCUGCUAUCACAGCAGACAGGAAGUGAGGACGAUACAGAAUUCAGACCCACUUACAGCUCAACUUAGUCCUAGAGUGCCAAGACAAAGAGAAGGGUCUAAAACAUUUAACACUCCAACAAAGAGGAAACUGCUCUUUACCACUGGCUCCAGCUCCAGGAAGAGGUCAAAACCACCAUUUCAACAAACAUCAACAGAGGAGGAUGCAGAAAAUGAAUUCUCUCUGUUUGAUGGAGCUAUGGAAUUUCUGGUUGGAGAUGAUGAUGAAGAUGAUGAUGAAGAAGAUGAUAAUUUCUCCACACCACCCAGUAGUCCCAUGCGGGCCCAUCUUGGCAUGCCUCAUAUUGCCCCUGAGACAUUACCAAGGAGCUUCUGUUAUGAACGACGGCACGUCCAAGCAGCAGCUGUGGGAAUGCAGACCAACAAUUUCCACAAGCUCCUCCCACACAGAGAACUGGAGUCAUUUAACCCUGCCCAUUGUUACACUGGUUACUUCAGCUUAACAUUGAGAGUUCUGUCCGAUGGAGUGAUGCUGGACGUCAUCUUCUUUCCUGCCACUCCUGGGAACUUGCACUGGAAGCCCAUCCCACUGACACACGACAACACAUGGGAGUCUGUGCUUUCACAUGGCGGCUUCUCUUCACAUGCUCCACCCCCAAGCCCAGCUGAUUUGAUUGCCACUGUUGCACAGCUGACGAACCGGAGGCUGGUGUGUGUGCUCGAGGCAUGUGCACUUGGGGGAGACAAAGUAGAGCUCAUCCUAAACCGUGCUUUUCCUCUAAGGAGCUGAUUGCACGUGAAUACAAAGCCAGGAUCUCUCCCUCUCUC